GGCAUUUUGUGACUUACAACAGAGAAAGCAAGACAUAUGCAGUUGUCACAAGUUUGUCAGAACAAACUAAGAGAGUGGUCAAGUUGAACACCGAGGAUCAUGAGGCUGAAGAUAUCGAUAGAGAUUCGAGAUAUGUAUAUCCAAUUAUUGACCGAUUCAGCUUGCAGCUUAUCUCACCAGUUAGUUGGGAGAUCAUACCAAGCACACGAAUUGAAAUGGAGGACUGGGAACAUGUUACCACCUGCAAGAAUCUUAUGCUUUCGAGUCAGGAGACUCAUACUGGUCACAAGGGUUUUAUUUGUGUCGGCACAACUCAUGUGUACGGUGAAGAUAUCACCUGCAGGGGACGG